AUGUCAUUUAUCAAUAUCUGUCGGGAAAAUAACGAUCCGUUUUAUCGGUACAAGAUGCCGGCUAUCCAGCUGAAAAUCGAGGGUAAGGGGAAUGGGAUCAAGACGGUGGUGGUGAACCUCAGCGAGGUUUCUCGGGCGUUGAAUCGUCCCCCUGUGUACGUGCUUAAAUACUUUGGUCACGAAUUGGGGGCGUUGACGUCGAUGAAGGAAGAUGAAGACCGUUACCUUGUGAAUGGUGUUCACGACUCCAACGAGUUGCAGGACUCUCUCGACGGUUUCAUCACCAAGUUCGUCCUUUGUGGUGCGUGCAAGAACCCUGAAACUGAAAUCAUCAUUAAGGGUAAGGAUGACUGUUUCAAGGACUGUAAAGCCUGUGGUGAAGUUACUCAAAUCGACCCUCGUCACAAGUUGACUACAUUUGUCGCCAGAAACCCCCCUGAGUCGAAGAAGGGUAAGAAGGCUGCGACCGCUACCGCUAACGUUGUGGGUGGGGGUAAGUCCAUCUCUGAUAUUGCUCUGGGUGGUCAAUCGAGCGCUGCUGCUGACGCUGGCGACGAUGAAGAUGAUGAUGUUUUGGCGCGUAAGAUCAACGCUGCCGCUGCUCAACUCGAAGAAGUUGAGGUCAAGGAUGAUGACUGGGCUGUUGACAUGUCCGAGGAAGCCGUGGCUCGUCGUGCUAGAGAACUUGACGGUGCCACCAUAAAGGAUAGCCAGCAGAUUUUCAACGAUUUCGGCGAGUGGUUGCUUGCCGAUGCCGAAACUGACAAAUCAAAGUUGCCUCUGGAUAUUGACAUUUACAAGAAGAUCGUUGAGUUGGAAAUUGGCGACCAGGAAGAAACUGUUCAAGUGCUUGGUCAGGCAUUGUUCGAUGAGGACAUUGUGAAUCAAUUGGACGAACAUAUUGGUCUUCUCGGGAAGUUAAUCAACAAUGACGAAGACGCAGAAAAGGCCUUCCUUGGUGGCUUGGAACGUUUCUUUGGUGUCGAAAAGCCUGACUUGCUCCCCCAAAUCAACAAGGUUUUGAUGAAGUGUUACGACAAGGAACUUCUUUCGGAAGAGACUAUCAUUCAAUGGGGGUCCAAGGUGUCGAAGAAAUACGUCCCCAAGGAAACUUCGAAGAAGGUGAGAAAAGCGGCUAAGCCGUUUGUCAAGUGGUUGCAAGAAGCUGAAGAAGAGGAUGAAGAUGAGGAAUAA